CGUCUACUCUCCCCGCAAUUUUCUCUCUCUAGCUCUCGCUCUCUCUCUCUCUAACUGUCUCUGUAACUUCCCUUCUGCUCACCCACCCCCAUCUCCAAUGCUCUAGGGUUAUAUUACAUCCAGCGCAAAGCAGAGAUAUAGCCCGAGCGAACUUAGGAAGCGCAGAAAUUGAGUCUCCCCUAGUUUUCCUAAAUCUUCGCCGAGACGGGGACCAGGCCGGCGGAGCGCACGUAACGGUCCGAUUGAGCAGGGUGCGAGCUGACCUCAUUCAUCUAUCCUUCGAUUGGUUUUCCUUAUCUUACCCAUGAGUUCCAUCUCCCCGGAUUUGGUGCGGUUCUUGGAGUCGACUAUCGGAGUCUCGCUCGGCGGCGCCUCCUCGGACGUUGUGGUUCUGGUCCUCACUACUUCUCUCGCUGUGAUUGUGGGGUUGGUAGUCUUCCUAUGGAAGAGAUCAUCGGAUCGGAGUAAAGAGGUGAAGCCGGUGGUGAUAACGAAGCCGUAUUCACUGAAAGAGGAAGAGGACGAGUCCGAUGCCUUGGCCGGCAAAACGAAGCUCACCAUCUUUUACGGUACUCAGACUGGAACCGCGGAAGGGUUCGCUAAGGCUUUAGCUGAUGAGAUCAAGGCAAGAUAUGAAAAGGCGGCUGUCAAAGUUGUUGACUUGGAUGAUUAUGCUAUGGAUGAUGAUCAGUAUGAAGAAAAAUUGAAAAAGGAGACUUUGGCAUUCUUUAUGGUGGCUACUUAUGGUGAUGGGGAACCAACAGAUAAUGCUGCACGGUUUUAUAAGUGGUUCACAGAGGAAAAUGAUAGAGGUGUUUGGCUUCCACGGCUCAGUUUUGGUGUCUUUGGCUUGGGUAAUCGUCAAUAUGAACAUUUUAAUAAGAUUGCAGUUGUCCUUGAUGAAGAACUUUGUAAACAAGGUGGCAAGCAACUCGUUCCAGUUGGCCUAGGUGACGAUGAUCAAUGCAUCGAGGAUGAUUUUACAGCAUGGAAAGAAUUACUAUGGUCAGAGUUGGAUCAGCUACUCAGAGAUGAAGAUGAUGUCAAUACUGCAUCUACGCCAUAUACGGCAGCUAUACAAGAAUACCGCUUAGUUAUUCAUGCUCCUCUAACAUCUUAUGAGGACAAGUUUGGGAACUUGGCAAAUGGCAAUACUUCUUUUGAUAUUCACCAUCCGUGCAGAGUCAAUGUUGCUGUACAAAGAGAGCUCCACUCAACAGAGUCCGACAGGUCUUGCAUGCAUUUGGAGUUUGACAUUUCGGGCACUCCUAUUGCAUAUGAAACUGGAGAUCAUGUGGGUGUUUAUGCUGAGAAUUGUGAAGACAUUGUUGAAGAAGCUGGGAAGUUAUUGGGUCAACCCUUAGAUUUGUUGUUCUCUAUUCAUUCAGACAAAGAAGAUGGGACACCCCUAGGAGGUUCAUUGGCACCUCCCUUCCCAGGUCCUUGCACUCUUCGUUUGGCACUUUCACAUUACGCUGACCUCUUGAACUCUCCACGAAAGUCUGCUUUGGUUGCGUUGGCUGCUCAUGCAAGUGAACCAAGUGAGGCUGAGAGACUUAGAUUUUUAUCUUCGCCACAGGGGAAGGACGAAUACUCACAAUGGGUUAUUGCUAGUCAAAGAAGUCUCCUUGAGAUAAUGGCGGAGUUCCCAUCAGCAAAGCCUCCUCUUGGCGUAUUUUUUGCAGCAGUGGCUCCUCGACUGCAGCCUCGCUACUAUUCAAUCUCAUCUUCUCCUAGAUUUUCUCCCAAUAGAGUCCAUGUAACCUGUGCUUUAGUGCAUGAGCGGACACCAACUGGUAGAAUCCACAAGGGAGUGUGUUCAACCUGGAUGAAGCAUGCUGUUCCUCUUGAGAGAAGCCAAGAUUGUAGCUUGGCUCCUGUUUUUAUCAGGACCUCCAAUUUCAAGUUACCAGCUGACCCAUCUACUCCGAUUAUCAUGGUGGGACCGGGUACUGGAUUGGCACCUUUCCGGGGUUUUUUGCAGGAAAGAAUGGCUCUGAAAGAGGAUGGCCGUCAGCUUGGCACUGCUUUGCUGUUCUUUGGUUGCAGAAAUCGACGGAUGGAUUUUAUAUACGAGGAAGAGCUAAAUAAAUUCUUGGAACAAGGAGCACUCUCUGAACUCAUUGUUGCCUUCUCAAGGGAGGGUCCACAGAAGGAGUAUGUUCAACAUAAGAUGGCAGAUAAAGCUGCAGAAAUAUGGAGCAUACUUUCUCAGGGGGGUUACUUUUAUGUUUGUGGUGAUGCCAAGGGGAUGGCAAGAGAUGUUCAUCGCUCUUUGCACAACAUUGUCCAGGAACAGGGAGGGUUGGAUUCGUCGAAGACGGAGUCUAUGGUUAAGAAGUUGCAGAUGGAUGGGCGUUAUCUGAGAGAUGUAUGGUGAUGGAACUACUUAAUCUUUUGCCAGUCUCUGUGAUUAUUUGGUCAGCACUUCUCCCAAAAAGUAUAGCAUUGGAUUUAUUCAUCUACCGGAGCAAAAAGCCUCUUUGAUGUUCAGCCUGUGGAGAAGACAGACAUAAAAUUCCAUAAAGGAGUGUAAAUUAUGUCAUCUUUCUUGUCUUGGUCUAGCUUCGCUACAGUUUUACAGGGUUUCUUCCCCCUUAAGUCUGGAUUACAGGUUUCGUUGUUAUAACACUGCAAAACAAAGAAAGCAGCGCAAAUGUAGCUAGCUUACAAGGAAAAACGAUGUGGGAAUGGACGAAAAUACAUAGGCUGUUUAUGUUCGUUUCUCCUUUUGUGUUCCGCAACAGGAAUGUUAUUGUAUGAAAUCGUUGUAGUAAACAAGAAUAAAACGUGAAAAAUUAGCUUCAUGUAAAUAAGCAGGAACUUCGGAUGUAAAUAAGCAGGAACUUCGGGGUCGUUUGGAUGUGGAAAUGUAAUGCAGUAAUUGGACCCAAUUACCACAUAAUGUAGUAAUUGAGUUAAAAACCCACGUUUGGGAGAGCAAAAAUGGUAUGGGAAUUGGACCAUGGAAAUUGGCUUUAAUUACCACAUUCAUGGUAAUUGAGAAUACUACACCUCCCUAUAGUAAUUUGACAUUACCACGUUUUCUUACUUCUUUUUCCAAAUUCCACACCAUCAAUUCCCACAAAACUAAACCCUAUCCAAACGUGAUUUUUUUUUCAAUUUCCACAAGUCAAUUCCUUGGUUUUGUAAAACAUGGAAAUUCAGACAAAUUCCAACGUUUUAAAAUUUCCACAUCCAAACGACCCUUUAAGUUUUGUUUGUUAUUUGUGGGUUCGGUGAUUUUCAAGGGUGAGGUAGCUGCUUUUUAUCUCCUGUUUUUUUGCUACUUAUUCUUCUUCCUUGUGGGGUAAAGUAACAAGGUUGAAUUGAAUGAAAAGGCUGUCUGAACAUUUUGGGGGCAUUGUUCAUGUUCUUGCACAUGAUGGUUUGUCAACUUUUUCAUUAGAUGGCAGUUUACCUGGUCUGCACUUUCUGACUUUUUCUUUCUGCAUGUGGGGGUUUGUAAGCGACAAAAUUGGAACUUUUUGCCAGCUGGGUUUUUUUCUUUGCCAAUGUGCUUUCUGAUGCGGGUUCAUGAUCAUUGAAUCUCUGUUUCUCAAGACAGCAAAAAUCCAAAGGUAGGAGCUUUCUAAAUCUGGCUGGCACUUGGCUCGUUCGGAUACCAGACAUGAGUUGAAAUACAUAUUGAGUCGCAAAGGAAAGGAGACUGAGAUGUCGCAUGCAUUUGAGGACAUGCUUCAUGGAAAGCAUCCAUGCAUAUGACACGGCCAAGGACAAAGGUCGGUCGAAUUCGAUGAAGCUUUGUCAAGACUGAAGCAAUCCAAUCUGAGACAACUAAGCACACCAAGCAGAAAGGAAGAGGUGUUAAGCACCUCUACAGGUCCACAUGUUCUUGCGAGAAACCAAAUGGGCUGCCAGAAGCCCUCCCGUAGAGAAGAAUGGAGGGGUUGAAACUUGAAACAGAUGCAUCAGUACAAGAUUUUUUCAUCAGUCAUUGAGAAUCAGAAACUCCAAGCAAUCAGUAAGGAAGCAUAUAACUGGUGAUGGCAGCAUUGUAACUGGCACAAAUCAAAUCUUGAGCAAAGUGGCGAGUUCUUACAAGAAAUCGUUUAGGGUUGAAAAUUCAGAUGUGAAUGCUGCAGGGUGCUGCAAUUACAAAAGCUGCUACAUUAGGGACCGAAUGCAGGGGGGGAAAGGAAUCUCUCUGCAACAGUUACUGAUAACGAGAUAAAGGAUGCAGUCUUUU